AAAGAAAAAAAAGAGUGUUUUGACCGAACAUUUUGAUUUGUUUUUUAUACCCUAUUGGAGUUCAAUGCUGUUUUCAGUAACUGAGUUAUUGGCUUGUCCAUGGCGUUGACAUAAUAGGGACAUCCUUAUCGAUAAUCUGACUUUGUCGUCAACGUGCUACGCUGUUCUCUGCUUCAAAUACAUUUACAUUACUGCAAUAUACAGAAUGUACUGGUGCAUCUAGAAAUGACACUUUGAUAAGUGAGAAUAUACUGAGAAACACAAGAUGGUAUUUAUGGUAGAUGAUGUCAGCUGAGAAAAACAAACAUGUUGGAUUUUUAAAACCGAUCAAAAGAGUGUUGCUGUGACACUCAGCGUAAUGUGCAUGGAGCAUCUCUAAUAGUUUAAAUCAUAAUCUGAGAUGAUGGAGUUUGAUCACUUUGUAAAAAAUUCAUAAAAACCUGUUUGUCAGUCCCAAAAUUUUCACAAACAACUAUGUUGUAAUGGAGAGCUGAGCAAUGUUGUAGCUACUGCAGAUUUUAGAAAUUUAGAAGAGAAUAUCUCAAAAGAGACUUGAAUUCAAUUUUUUUAAUUCUUCAAAACAAGGGUUGACUUAGAUGUGUUUAUAAAACAUGUCACACGCUGCAUUGAUCAUGCUUCCUUUAUUAUCAAGGAUGAUAGUUAUAGUUUAUUUCAACCCUUGCAUAAGCCUUCCUGCAGUGCAUCGUUCGUGCCUGCAGCCACCAGCUCUUCUGUCAUUGGACGGCACACAAGUAUAUAUUGACGAGUCUGUUUAUGUUGCACAUGUGUCUCCCAGCUGCAGCAGGGGGAAUCGGUGCAUCUCCACUCACAGAAACGGCCUAAAUUUGUGUCAACCAGCUGCAGCACCAGUUUAUGAAGAACAAUUUCAGACCUGUUGGUUGGCAUCAAGACCAAAGUCUGAAAUGUGUGACCAUCAUGAAAAAGAGUACAAGCACAAAAAGACGCCCAAGUCUAAAUCUCAACACGUGAUGCAGCAUCAUUUGAACCAAGGACAUCGUCAUCACCAUGGUCAUAACACCGAUCCAGCAGAGGACACCACUGACCUUCAACCAAAUCACCAAAACCAGCAUGACUACAACAAGAAUCACCACCAUCACCGUGGCCAGCAUAAGAAAAACCAUCAUCAUGUUUCUGCUUUAGAAAGUACCAAUGGCUCCACAUCAACCUCAUCUUCUUCAUCACUGUCAUCUUCCUCCUCUUCCUCUUCUCUGACAACCUCCUCAUCCUCCUCCUCCUUUUCUACCUCUUCUAUGUCUUCCUCCUCUUCUAGCUUGUCCUCUGAGACCAGCAGUGAAUUUUCAGACAGAUACCAUCCCAGGAGACCCCAGCAUUCCCAGUCUUUUUCUGACAUCUCUGGGAAACACAAGUUCUUUGAAGAAGAUGAUGACACAGCUCCCCUGAUAAAUGCAAUAGGCAACAUAAAUAGGUCAUCUGCCAAACAGAAACGAGACAUGGGGAAGUCUUCCUCCAAUGGCCCUGCCAAGGGAGGCUUGACAAAUAAACAAACAAGCACAAAUCAACGGGGAACUGACGGAAGUUUCCGCAAAGCCAAAUCAAUGGAAGAUCUCCCAGCUGCUAAAGACGGCGUAGGGAGUGGAACAGGGGAUGGAGGUGACCAGGAGAACAGCACAAGUGAAGCCAAGAAGAAUUUUCGGAAAGAAAAAAUGAAAUUUUCUGCCUUCCUUAAUGAAAUUACUCGACAGGUUCUCAGCCCCAUGAGACUCACCUCUCUGGGGGUUACAGACGCACACAGUCCUGGGCAUGUGUCCCCCAGGUCCAGGGAGACAGACAGCAACACUGAUAGGCCAAGGCGGCGGAGAAGUCGGCCUGUGAGUCCAGGGUCUGUUUGCUCUAGCAAACACUCCCAUUCAAGCCGGCAUUCUCACUCUUCUCGACUAUCCUACUCUAAAUCUUUUCACCGCUACGGCCACCGUUAUUCACUUUCACCCACUCAUAUGAAGCAUAGGCCUAGAAACUCUCGCUCAUGGUCUCCAACUCCAGACCAUCAGUCCCAUUUGCCUUCUAGAAAGAAAUGCCAUAUUCACCACCCUAACCCAAGACAUCCCCAUCACCAUGGACACCACCACACUACAAAUCAUCAACAUGGACUCUCCCAUAGUCCUUCACACCAAGAUCAUCACAGUCCCCCGUAUUACAACACAUCACAUUCUCAUGAAGAAAAGCCCCACAAAGACCACUACAGCCAAGCUCAUCACCUUGACGAGCCCCGAGGUGGAAGUCAAUGUCAAGAUCAUCACUGUGGAUCUCAUCAUGACCAUGCUCAAACCCACAAAAAUAACUAUGAUCCAAGUUAUCCUUGUGGAGGCCACCACAUUAAACCACAUCAUCAUGAGGACCAUCACAGUUCAGGUCACCAUCAACACAACAAUCCGAAUUCAAGGCCGACAACACCAUGUCGCCAUGGACACCACAGCCCAACCGGUAACCAAGAAGAUCAUGUAACACACGAGCAUCAGCAUGGAGACCAUCACAGAGAGUCUCAUCAUCAUCAUCACCAAGGUAUUCACAAGACUGGACCUUCUCAUCUUUAUCAUCAGGACCAUCACCGUAGUCAAGGUCAUCAUCCACCUCACAGGGACCAGUCUACUGAAGCCAUGCCUCAAUAUGGAGUCCACAAAAAAACUCAUUACCUUCAUCAUAGACAUCUCCACAGUCCAAGCAAUCUGCAUCACUCUCAGCAUCACCACAGCAAGUCUCAGAAUGACUUGCAAGACCACCACAGUCCAGGUCAGUCCAGGUUUCUCCACGGAGACCACAGAGGGGAAUGCUUCACACAUUACAAUGAGAACCUUCAUAGAGACACUCAUCAUCACCACAGUGGAGACAAUCACCAUCAUCAUGGAGACCAUUCCAGCACAGGUCAUUCCCAUCACCAUGGAGACCAACACCAUGAGGGUCAUCACCAUCAUCGUGGAGACCGUCCCAGCACAGGCCACCAUCAUCACCACAGGAACCAGCACAGUUCAAGCCAUCGCUAUCACCAUGGAAACCAGCACAUGGAGGCCCAUCACCAUCUCCAUGAAGACUGUGAAGCUCCUCACCAUUGCUGUGGAGAUCAAUGCAGUCCAGGCCAUUAUUAUCACCAUGGGACCCAACAGAGCGAUGUUCAUCACCAUCACCAUGGAGACCAGCACAGUCCAGGUUUUCACCAUCACCACGGAGAACAACGAGGAGACAACCACAAAUCGUGUCAUGAACAUCUCUGUGGAGAUCAUAAGACAAGUCUUCACCCUGAAUCACACCAGAGUCCCGGCAAGCACAACAGGUAUGAGAACUGUCGGCCUGAUGACAAACACACUCGUGUAACUUCUAGCAUCAGUGUACCGUCACACCAAAAUCCUGUCAGCAAGGAUUCACCCAGCAGCACAAACAGCCUGUCAAAUCAAGAUGAGGAGCAGACCGCAUUCACUGGGCCACCAUCACAAGAGGUAUUUCUGUGUUUUUAUUCAUACAUUCACUCUGCCAUUACAGCUUGUUUACUGAGAAAAGAUCAACAAGUCUAAGUCUACAGCUGUCUGAGCAUUAUUAGGUUCAUUAACACAUUAUGUAACGAUGUUUCCCUCAUUUGUUUUGGCAUCGAUUUUGGCGAGUGCCUGCAUGUCAUAAUGGAAUAUAGAUCCUUUGCUAUGGAACAAUAGAUUAGCUAUGAUGCACAAGCCAAAAUGUGAUCAAUUUUCCACAACAGACAGAUUAAUUUGCAGUUCAUUAUUUAGUCUCUAGUCUUUCUAAUAAACAGAAAGAAAGUUUAAAUUUCAUUUAUU